GUCCGCGUCGUCAUGGCGACGCUCCGAGCCUGUGAGGCGCCCGCCGAAUUCCGCCCGGGAACCACCUCCAGAGAAAUGACCUUUGGCUUUAAAAAGAAGACUCCAUUUUUCAUGAUAAAAUGGCAGUGGUGAAAGCCCCCAGCAGAGAACUAAAGAAUGCCAAAGAACCCUUUAAUAGCACAGUGCCCCUCGUUUUGAAGAGCCUGGUGGAGGAGCCUAAGAAAAGAACAGAAGUACCUAAUCACCUCCUAGAAUCGAAGGUUUAUGCAAAACUACUGAAUAAUAAGGUGAUACAGGCAAGACCUGGCAUAUUACAUUUUGGAGGCUAUCAAGUAGAAAAACAACACCAACAGAUUCUGCACCUGGUCAACAUUUCUGAUGAAGACACACACGUUCAUAUUUUACCCCCACAAACCAAAUACUUCCAGAUCAAUUAUGAGAAAAAGGAGCACCGCCUUGUCCCUGGCUUGUCCCUAAUGGUCACCGUUACAUUUUCUCCAAAUGAGUGGCGAUAUUAUUAUGACUGCAUCCGCGUUCACUGUAAGGGAGAUGACACUUUGCUUGUUCCUAUCCAUGCCUAUCCUGUCAUGAACAAAUUGGACUUUCCCUCAUUUAUAAAUCUGUCAAAUGUUCUACUUGGUGAAAGCAAAAGUUAUGUCAUUCCUUUGCAGUGUAGCUGCCCUGUGGAUUUCGAGUUCCAUGUCACUUUGCUUCAGUCUCAUCAGGCCUUUGCUAUUGAGCCAACGUCAGGAAUAAUUCCGGCUAAUGGGAAGAUGAAUGUGACUAUUAAGUUUACACCCUUUCAGUAUGGGACUGCACAAAUCAAAAUGCAGCUGUGGAUUUCACAGUUCAACUCUCAACCAUACGAAUGUGUCUUCACCGGAACGUGCUACCCCAACAUGGGCUUACCAUUAGAAGAGUUUGAAAGGUUAAACACUCUUUCUAAGAAAGUGAACGUUCCUCCAGAAAAAGCAGUGACACGUGUAAAUUUUCACCGACCACCAGCGAAGGCAAAACCUCAGAAGAAUAAGGAAAUUGAGUACCAGAACUUGAGAUUUCCAGUAGAUUUAUCAAAUCCGUAUGCUGUGGCAACUGUUUUAAACCAAGAACCAGGAAAAUUGAAGAUUAAAGAAUUAAGAGAAGUAUUGGACCACGGCACUGAAAUUUCAAAAACAAGACAGAUGAAGGAGGCGCUCUUUGAACAGAAAGUGAGACAGGACACUUAUCAAGAGAUCGAAAAUCAUCUUAAGUGGCAGGUGCACCUUGGUAAAGAUCCUAUGUCUUUUAAACAUAGAAAAGAGCUCACUGAGGAGUGGCAAAGAGCAUGCACCAAAUAUAAGCUGGAUAGAGGAGAUCCUGUUUUGGAUGAGGAAUUUCAGCGACUCAAGACAGAAGUUAACCAUAAACGGGUGGUUCGUGAUCUAGCAGAGAAAAUCAAGGAAUUUCAUCCUAAUUUUGAUCCACUCAUUAAUAAUUCCUGGGUCAACAGGUUCAGGGCACAAAGACGGUUUCAACAAGUAGCACGCAAGGUCAUCAUUCAGCGACGAUUACACAAUAUGCUGACUGCUAUUCGUAAAAUAGGCAGACAGAGUGUAAUGAAAAAGAUCAGUCAAGCAAAAGAGUCACCAGAACAAGACAAGAAUUCCUCUAAAUUCCUGCUGCGGUGGGUCAGUCAGGAUGAUUACUGCAGCCGGUUCUCCGUGUCGCCCAAGGAGGUGCUGCCCUUCGAGUACCCGUCCCACAGUCUUCCUCAGACCUCCAACGACUUGGCUCCUGAUGGCCUUGGACCAGUCCCCAUUAAACCUUCAGAAGUUCAAAUCAAGCAGGAUUAUUCUUUCUUCAAUUUGCAGGUUCCUCAACAAUAUAAAAUUAAGAGGUAUCAGCCAUUCUCCAUCUACAGAUCUUCAACAAGUUACAGACCUCAGAAGCUUGCUCGAGCUCUGAAGCAAGGAGCUGAGGAUGAAGUCACCACCAUCAUAGCCCUUCCAAAACAGGACUCCACUUCUGAGCUCUCUGGCAAGACCUCAGUCUUGAGCAUGAAACCACCUGAGGCCUUAGCCACGUCUCCAGAUUAUGAUCCGCUUUAUAUUUUUAAUCCCAGCCCAGGGUUAUUUGCUGUAAUGCACCCUCUGACCUAUGUGGAAACUUCGAUAGAUUACCAUCUAUGCUCUCACCCCAAGUACAAGUUCACCAAAGAGUGCCACAGUGGGUCCAGCAUUUCUCUCACCCAAAAGCAGUUUCUCCAUCACAUGGACAUCAUUCCCGGCGUAAUGCACUGGAAGAAGUUCCAGCCCCUGGUGUUCUCCUCCAUGCCCGACACGUCCAAGAUGGAGGCCGCGCAGAGCUGUGAUCCCCUCAAUUCGGUUAUGCUUCCCACAGAAGUCCCUGCCAUUCUUGCUGCCUUACCAGAAGAAGACAGACUAGAAACAGUUGAACGUGAGCUCUGUGAACAGAAUAUAGAAGUUACAUUGACCCCAGAAAUGAUCCGAGCAGAAUUCCCUAUGUUGAACUACAAGGACAUCAGGAAGGAGAAAGAAGUGAAACACCAGGCACAACCAGCGGAGAAGGCGGGAGAAAAGGUGCUCGAGGAGAUGAAGAGUCUGCGGGGCAAAGCUCUCAACGCAUACCUGAUUCUAGAAUAAACAUCUCCAGGAGGUCAGGUCCUUCCAUUUGCCUUCCGUGGGCCACUGUGGUCCUGUGUGUCCAUAUACAUUCCAACCAUUUUUUGAAUUAAAGCUUCCAGAGAAAAAAAUUGAUAUGUAGAUGAUGUAUAUAUUUUUAAAUUAUAAAUUUUAUUCUUAGAAAUAAAAUG